AUGCGCGAACCACGAAGGCAUUACAAAUUGUGGAGAAACAUUGUUUAUGGUGGUGCCCUUCGUCGAGCAGGUCGUUUUGACAUCACCAUUCAUGUUCCACCUCCAGAUGUGGAAGCCCGAAAGGCAAUUCUUCAGUUGGAGCUUUCUAGACGUUCUACCUCCUCUCAGGCUCUCGAUUCCUCCUGGUUAGAGGCCUUUGCAAGGGAUCAUUUGGAAGGUUACACCGGAGCUGAGGUUGUUGGAGUCGUUCAGACUGCAGCAGAAUUGACUCGAGACUCAUUAAAGGUCGAGAUUAACCGAGAGCAACUCCUUAAGGCUUGUGAACGUCUGCCACCAACCACCCUGGAACAGUAUUACGCACAUCUUCAACAAGUACCUCAUAAGACUUCAAUGGUCUCUUCUGCAGAUCGCAUGGAUACAGCUUCUUCUCAUUCUUCUCGAUUUUCGAAUCAAUCCUUCUUUUUCAUUACAUCAACGUUUGUCAUCUUGGUCCUUGCUAUUGGAUUUCAACUACUUUUGUUGUUUAGUUCAAGGGAUACUUCCUAA